AUGGCUUUGGCUCUGAGGUUCUUCACAUGCCUUGUUUUAACCGUGUGCAUAGUUGCAUCAGUGGAUGCAGCAAUCUCAUGUGGUACAGUGGCAAGUAGCUUGGCUCCAUGUGCCGGCUACCUAUCGAAAGGCGGGGCGGUACCGGCUCCAUGCUGUGCGGGAGUCAAAAAUUUAAAUGGUAUGGCUCAAACCACACCGGAUCGGCAACAAGCAUGUAGAUGCCUAAAGGCCGCUGCAAAGAGCAUCAACCCAAGUCUUGCCUCUAGCCUUCCUGGAAAGUGCGGUGCUAAAAUUCCCUAUCCCAUCUCCAUGAGCACUAACUGCGACACCGUCAAGUGAAGUGGGAACUCUUACACUAUGGCGAGGAUGAAGAGUAUGGUCUGGCAUAAAUAAAAUGGGUCUAUCUACGGUGACCUCAACAUGCCCUAGUUUGUCUCUGUUUUUUAUCUUGUUGUUGAAAGUUUGUCUUUGUUUUUAUUUUGUUGUUGAAAUUAAAUUUGUCAUGUUACUUUGUAGUCUUUUGCUUUAUCUUGUAUCUUAAUUAUGUUUAAGAUAUGAUAAUAGUACCUUAUUAAUCAUCUUUUUUAUAUAUGUUCUCCA